ACUAUAGAAAUGUAUGUUAAUUGUCAACAAACUCAGUUAUAGUAUACCUAGCUAGCUAGAAAAAAUUAGCUAUCCACUUGUAGAGCUAACUUAGCUACUCGAGCUAGUUGCGAUGGAGUUGAGAAGUGGUUGUUUUAUGUAUUAUUAGCCAGUCAAAAACGCAUCAAACGUGAUGAAGGACCGGUUGGGUGAAUUAACCGCAGUAAGUAGCCUACUAAUAUGAUGUUACUGAUCUCAUCAGUCAUAAACCUAUGGCUGCAGGCUGAAUAUACGAUUAUAUUCUUCUAGCUAUUUCCUAGGACCUAAGGAAUGCAACUCUGGUCUAUAGCAUUUUGUUGUCAUGAUAAUAAUAUGGUAAAUGUAGGCCUGUUAAUCACGCAGUACUUGAGCCUCAGAUUUUACUCUCUAAUAAAUGACUGUCGGUUUGUCUUAACAGAGCAGGACACAAGCAGAGGAGGAUGUCACAGUCACAGUUGACAGUGAUGGAUUUAUGGAAGGGUUUUUCAGAAGGGUAAGAACAGUGGUUCAGUCAGUACUGUUUGUUUUCAGAUAAGCUAGAUGGUUACUGUAAAAUACUGUAAGUGUCUGUGUAUUUAAAUCAUAUUGAAAAUAUUGUAUGUGCGUGACUCAGGUGGACGAGGUUAGGGGGCUCAUUGAUAAGCUAUCUUCUGAAGUGGAGGAGGUGAGGAAGAACCACAGCAUGAUCCUGUCUGCACCCAAUACAGAUGAGAGUAAGUUGAUGCCCAUCAAUCUGGCUGAACCUUCUAGCAUGGUCAUUUUACUGGGGGCUUGGAUAGGUUAUCUACCGCAGGGAGGUUAUGCAUUGGUAGGUAGCCUGUAUGUAUGUGGCAUACAGUGACUGCCUUAACUUCAGCACCUAUGCCGAACAACCUGUUUUAUACAGAACAGAAUUUGGAGGCGUGAAAAGAGAGAGAGUGUGUGUGUGUGUGUGUGUGUGCGUGUGUGCAUGUGGGGAUGCUUCUCACACUGAAGCUGUGUUGCUGCAGCUGUGCUUGUUCAGAGUUGAUCCACUGUGGAGACUGAACAGACAUGAGGAGCUAAUCAAGACCUGCAUAGACAAAGGCCCUCAGUUGACUCUAUAAUGCCACAGAACAGCAUCAAUUAUUACCAGCAGAGUAACACAGUAUCAACCAUUUGUUUUUAGUGAUCCAAUUGACAUUUUAGUCAUUUAGCAGACGCUCUUAUCCAGAGCGACUUACAGUUAGUGAGUGCAUACGUUUUUCAUACAGGCCCCCCGUGGGAAAUAUAACCAUCUGCUACAUAAUAAUACUAACUGAGAAUGGCCCAAGAGUUUGGUGCAAAUAUUUGUUGGCCCACAAAUCCAGUGGGUGUCUAAUGGAUACUACGGGCACAGGUAGGUGUAGGGUUUCUUACCUGCAUAAAUAUGAAGAAUAGGCUAUUAUUAAAGAAGAGUUGCCAAGUGAUUAAUGCUAAUAUUUGUCCAGGCCUAUGUUGGGGAAAUUUGCAAUAAUACAUUUAUUUUCUGUCGCUGUUAUUUCCUGAAGAGAUGAAAGAUGAACUUGACCGGUUGACCAAUGAGAUCAAAAGCAAUGCUAACUCUGUGAGAGUUAAGCUAAAAUGUAAGUUUAACACCACGACGUACAGUACAUAAAGAAAUAUAUUUUUUGUUGUCAUUUUGACAUUGAUAUGACUGGAUCAAAUGCCUCAUCCCAAAUGCUGCUAGAUGAGUGGUAGAAGUGGGGAAUUUGUCUGAGGUGAUGUUAUAGCUGCUGUAAUCACUGUUCUUUCUGUUCUCUGUAGCUAUGGAGCAGAGCCUGCCCAAGGAUGAUGUUUCUAACAGGGCCUCGGUUGAUUUCCGCAUUCAGAAAACCCAGGUCAGGAAACAGCCUUCCUGGGACUCAUUCCUCACAUGUUUGCGACUGCUGACGUGUUCUUACAGGUUGUAGUUAAGAACAGAGCUUGACAAUAGAUACUUGGAGGCUAACUUACAAGCCUGUAUACAAAGUUGAUCAUGAUUUGCUGUGAUGUUUGCUGCUAUGUUUUGACGUGGCUGUUUGACAUCUCAGCCUUUAAAAAGUUUACUGAGCCUUUAUCCACUUUACUUUUGCCAGUGGUUGGAACUCUCAUUCCUCUCUCUUCUCUCAGCUUGUGUUUUCUCUAACCCCACAGCACAUGGUGCUCUCCAGGAAGUUUGUGGAAGUCAUGAGUCAGUACAACAAGACUCAAGUGUCGUUUAGGGAGAGAAGCAAAGGAAGGAUCCAGAGACAGCUGGAGAUAAGUGAGUGACAAACUGGGCCAGCAGCAGGGCAGACAGGAUCACGGAAAGGAGCCCGACCACACCUAGGAGCUUUUCUCUCCCACCAUGAUAACACAUAGGCUACACUGUUCACAAUUACAAAAUAACAUCCAACAUUAUCCUCAUUAUUGCCUAGUUUCAUUGUGGAUAAGUCAGGUUGUUUUCUGGCUCCUUGACCUGUCACUGUAUGUUAUUAUCUAUUGUCAUGGCAUGGACAAUUUUUUAAAAUUAUUUUACCUUUAUUUAACUAGGCAAGUCAGUUAAGAACAAAUUCUUAUUUACAAUGACGGCCUACACCGGCCAAGACUUGCUGUAAAUACACCAUAUGGCAGACACCCAUGUAUUGUUCAUAUAGAGCAGGGUUCUUCAAUUCCGGUCCUGGAGGGCCGAAACACUUCUGUUUUUUAUUUCUACCUGGUAGUUAAUUGCACUCACCUUGUGUCCCAGGUCUGAAUUAGCCCCUGAUUAGAAGGAGAGGAUGAAAAACAGAGGUGUUUCGGCCCUCCAGGCCUGGAAUUGAAGAACCCUGAUAUAGAGUAUUUGUUUAGAAUGAGAAUAAUUGAUGAUGACAGAAAUAGUCGUAGCCCCUCCAGUCCCUUAGGAUAGUCUUAAUGAGGCUCUCUACUACAGCACACUCCAGAAGGAAGAGAAGAGUCUGACACAGGACACAUACACCUAUCUGUGCCUACCUGUGUUAGUGUUGCCAAGGAAACAGAAGGCUACCUUCACUGGGGUGGAAGGGCUUAUGUACAUGAUCCCAGGUUUGUAAGCCACAGUGGGUUUGAUCAUGUUAGGCAGUGAGGGUUGAGUCACUCUGAGGAAUAGCCUAGAUCAUAACACUGUGGCUGUGACUACAGAGACUAUUCUCCCCACAGAGUGGAGGAGAGAGAACAAUUAUUUUUGUUUUCUGCUGAUGUUUUAGCACAUGUUUGGUAAAAGUAUUUUAUUUCCUGGUUAUAGCUGGGAGAGUGACUAGCAAUGAGGAACUGGAGGACAUGCUGGAGAGUGGCAACCCAUCCAUUUUCACAUCUGAUGUAAGUUCCUCCUCAAUCUCCAGCCUUUCUCUGAUGCUACUUUCUUACAUCCAUUCUUUUCACAAUACAGUCAAAUACCAACACUAUCUAGUAUACCAAGAUAACUCAGGUUGUGGUUGGAAGUAUUCCAAAACAACUAAUAUUCUGUGUAAAUGCAACACCAAUCCUCCCAUAUAUAUGUAUUUGAAUGAAAUAGACUGUCUUACUGGCUGUCUUCCUGUUGUCCACCUCCUCCCUCAGAUCAUCUCUGACUCUCAGAUCACGCGCCAGGCCUUGAAUGAGAUUGUGUCACGGCACCAGGAUAUCAUCCGCCUGGAGUCCAGCAUCAGGGAGCUCCAUGCCAUGUUUAUGGACAUGGCCAUGCUGGUGGAGAAUCAGGUACUGUAGCGCAGUACUGUAAUGCUGUCCUGAAUAUUAUUAGUUCUGUUUUUAGUCAAACUGUAUGGAACUCAUGUGGUGCGGUUUUAAAAGGGGGAUAUGGUGAACAACAUAGAGAAGAACAUCUCCAACGCAGCUGAAUACAUAGGCCGUGCCAAAGAGGAGACCAAAAAAGCAGUGAGAUACCAGAAAAGAUCCCGCAGGGUAAGUCUCCUUUUCCCCAAACGAAAGGUCACAUGGUGCAUCUGCUAAUAAUACUGGAGAAUACUGCUCAAGUUAGACUCUUUUAACCAGUGCAACAGCUCUGAAUAUUUUGGUCAUAAGAAUAAUAUUAUUUCAGUACCAUUCUAAAUGUCGGACAGAAUGUUUAAAUGCCAUAUCUAAUGUCGAAAUUGAAUGUCAAAAUGCCUCACUAUCACUAAUGAGCAGUCAUUUACAUUGUCUGUUACCUGACUAAUGUUUUCACUAAAAUCACUGUAGUGUGUUUUGGGUCACGCAUUAUUAACCUAACCACUUUGUUUCUGUUCUGGGCAGAAACUCAUCCUCCUUGCCUUUGCUCUAUUGAUCCUGCUUGCUGUCAUUGCACUAAUUGUUGGCCUGUCUGUUGGACUAACCAAAUCCCCUGUAUGAGCCCUGUCCUGCUAUCUGUCUGGGGUAACUACUACUGUACAUUUCAUCAUGAUCAACAUAACAUUCAACACCAAUUCCUUCCAUUCACGUCUUUUAACCCAUUGAGUCCCACCACGACGCUGGCA